GCAGAUUGAUGGUCAUGUUAAUUUUUCUUCUGCCACCACCAUUGUCAAUCAUUAUCGAUUCCUUCUAACCUAAAAAACUAGAGAGGAAUCGAAGAGAUAAACGUUGCCGGUCUUCUCAUCUUCAGGCGACGUUUCCACGUCUCCUGACUGACUACUCUGUUUUAAUUAGCAAAGAUGCCAGCCUCAGGAGACUUUGCAAAGAGGGUUGCAAAUAUUGAGACUGGGCAUUUUGCUAGAGAAGUCGGUGAAUAUGAGAGAUUGGUUGUUUCUACUGAAGACAAGGCUGAAGUUGAUACCUUACAUCCUCAGAUAGGAAGGUGUAACAGGUCCUGGAAAUGGUGGCUCAAGGUUGUAACAUGGUCCAUAAUUUCUAUUGUGGUUUCCAUCUUUGUAAUGAAAUGGGGAGUUCCAUAUGUCUUUGACAAGAUUCUACUUCCAAUGAUGAAAUGGGAGGCUGCAACAUUUGGUCGUCCAGUUCUUGCUGUCAUACUUGUAGUCUCGCUGGCUAUUUUCCCGGUGUUGUUCCUCCCAUCUGGUCCCUCCAUGUGGCUUGCAGGGAUGAUAUUCGGUUAUGGUUUUGGAUUUGUAAUAAUCAUGGUUGGAACCACUAUUGGAAUGGUUUUGCCAUAUGUCAUCGGCCUAUUUUUUCGUGAUCGUAUCCAUCAAUGGUUGAAGAAAUGGCCAAAGACGGGUGCAAUGAUUAGAAUAGCUGGGGAAGGGGACUGGUUCCACCAGUUUCGUAUGGUUGCCCUCUUUCGGAUCUCACCAUUUCCAUACACCAUUUUCAACUAUGCGAUAGUGGUCACGAGUAUCAUGUUCUGGCCCUAUCUAUGGGGAUCCAUUGCCGGAAUGAUUCCUGAAGCCUUCAUUUACAUCUAUAGUGGGAGGCUGCUAAGGACAUUUGCAAAUAUGCAAUAUGGAGAUCAUCAAAUGACUCGAUUGGAAAUUAUAUACAACACAGUCUCCUUCAUAAUUGCAGCUGUUAUGACCAUAUGUUUUACUAUUUACAGUAAGAAAACUUUAAAAAACCUUGAACCUGAAGAGAAGGGUGUAAACGUGUUCAAUAGACACAUGGAAAAACUCCCAAUUGACAGACCAAAGGAUCUCGGCCUGCAUCCUAGCUUGCAAUCACCAUAGUUGUUUGUGCAGAUAGUGGGAUAUCUAACCAUUUGUCAACUGCUUUGUAGUUAGGAAAUAGCAGACAUAAGUACGUCGAACCAAGGUUACAAGAACGAGCGUUUCGCAGUUUAAGGUACAGGUAUCUGUUAGUAUUAUUUUUUUUCAUGUGUCUAGUCCUGUACAUAAGAACAGCAACAAAUGUUUUUGUUAUGUCGAGGUUGUGGAAAUUGUCUGUUUAUAAA